GACUGGGAUGGCCGCACUGAAAGGCAGCGCUGAUGGCUGAAACCGGGUGUGCCACCCGCCGGGCCGCCUGGGGGCCUGACAGGCACCUGCCCGGAGCCCUGCGGACGCGCCGAGAGAGGCCCACCAGGCGGCCAGGUGGAUCUGAUAGGUGGUGAGUCAGGAGAGAGAGGCCCACCAGGCGGCCAGGUGGAUCUGAUAGGUGGUGAGUCAGGAGAGAGAGGCCCACCAGGCGGCCAGGGCGAUCUGAUAGGUGGUGAGUCAGGCAGAGCACCGGACGGAGCCAGGCCGGGUGCAGCCAGGGGCACCUGGGCGAGAGGCUGAGGACGAUGUGUAGGAGGAACCCGGGGGAGCGUGCCGACGCAGUGCCGGAGCGGCCGCAGACACGCCAGCACGGGGGUGCGAGGCCCAGCCAUCUGGACGCAGGCCCAGCCGCCCAGGACUGUGCACGCCCAGGUCUCCGCUCUCCUGCCGACACCAGCGACCACCCAGCCCAGCCGGACCACAUGGCCCCCCGUUCUCCUGAUGUAUGAGGACCCCUGUGGGCGCCUGAGUGAGCGCAGCCCCUGCCCGGCGGGGCCAUGGCGAGCAUGGCCGUGCAGCUGCUGGGCUUCCUGCUCAGCUUCCUGGGCAUGGUGGGCACGCUCAUCACCACCAUCCUGCCGCACUGGCGCCGGACAGCACACGUGGGCACCAACAUCCUGACGGCCGUCUCCUACCUGAAGGGGCUGUGGAUGGAGUGCGUGUGGCACAGCACGGGCAUCUACCAGUGCCAGGUCUACCGCUCGCUGCUGGCGCUGCCCCAGGACCUGCAGGCGGCCCGCGCCCUCAUC